CAUUAUUCUCUCCGCUCUCCUUCCGUUCAGUGCGUGCGCGAGGCAGCCCGUGAGAAGACCCGCUGCUCCCUGAGAUCUCCACACAUCUCACACAAACAACAUCUUCGUUUCGUUCAUGCACAGGCGGAUAAUUGAACGCAACCGUGGAAUAUCGGUUUUAUCCUCGUUAUUACGGUUGUGAGGAUGGACUGAGCGCGCGCGGGGACGCAGGGUUCCCCCCGCACAGUGUAGGGGGUGAUCGAUGUCACCAUAUGUCACCCACUGACAGUCCGUCCUUUUGCUCUCAUCCUCGAACGUAUAUGCUGAUGUUAAAAAAACGUGAAUUCAUUCCCUCUGAACAUGCUGCCCCGUCUGACCGAUUGAGAGUAAAGAACUCUGAUGCUGAAUUGUGAAGGAUGUGCUUUGCGGUCAGCCACGCAGGAGACGUCUGAAAAUCAACACCAGUCACCUUUGAAUCGUCCUUUGUCGCUAUGGAAACAGACUACCAUCAGGCAUCGCUGAGCCCUCUGGUUUGUCCGGAAGAUGGGGAAGCGAUGAACAGCCAGAUCCCGGGCCCCGUUACCUUUCAGCCGGGGGUCCCUGGGACCCACUCGUCCGGAGCUGAAUCGGACUCUUUCCCGUGUCUUCGGCCCCUCACUUUUCCCCAGAACACCAGUGAGGAGGCACACUGCUCGGGCGAGGUCACCGUUAUGGUCAAGGAGAAAAGAGAAAAUGGUAAUGGGAUUUAUUCUUGCCCCGCCGACGGUUUUGCCUCCAGACCCAUCGUGUCCUCUCCUCCUCGCCGGCAUCAUUCCCUGCCCCACGCGCACCAUCCUCCCAUGGGCCGCACGCGGAUGGGCGGCAGGUCCAACUCCGUCGCCUACACGGCCUUCUCCCCGCGCCCGUCUAUCUCACGUCACUCCAGUAUCGCCACCAAUCUCCCCAUGGACCGUUCCAAACCCAAAGACUACCUUAUCCUCGCCAUCAUCGCGUGCUUUUGCCCUGUCUGGCCAAUCAACAUUGUGGGAUUUGUUUACUCCAUCAUGUCCCGUAACAGUCUGGAGCAGGGGAACAUCGAUGGAGCGAGACGUCUCGGCCGCGUGGCCAAGCUGCUGUCUGUGGUCUCACUGGUGGGAGGAGCUGUCAUUAUUGUAGCAUGCGCUGUGAAUCUGUCAAUUAAUGUGAAAUCGUGAGCGUGUCCUGGAACUCAACAUCAGAUCAAUAACCGAACACGCCGACAUCUGCGUUUUGUCCCACUGUUGCUGUGACGGCAAUCGAUAACCAAAUACUUCUGCUCUGAAACACGUAAGAAAAAUAAAUAAACUGAUGUCACACACAUGUAGAAGUCUGAGGUUAGAUUUUACUCAGAAGAGCACUAAGUGAGUAACGGCAAUACUCACACACACACACACACAGGUGUAGAGAAGAACAGCUGGAGAAGAACAGCAAAAGUAUUUUGUUCUCCAAGAUUAUUUGUGCAUCCCUGUAUCUAAUGAGAAUCUCAAUCGUGGCCAGAUGGAUAUGAAAGAGAACCGUUUGAAAACAUGUCAUCCUCAUACAUUCACAUUUAAUUGUUGUUUCUUUAUGCCAUGACAAUAUAUCAGUUCCCUGUUUUUAGUUAUUUUAACAGCUAAUAUUUCCUUUCAUCAUAUGGGACUCCGUCUUGUCUUGUUCAUCAAUGGAAUCAGACUGUUCAACAUGACUUACUGUAGCUAUUUAACACGAACAGACAAAAUGUAGCUAAUAAUCCUGAACUGUAUGGUAUUUUUGUAAACAGAACACAGUCUUUUGAUAAAGCAAUAUCACAGGAAUCACUGGAUGAAAGUGCUGAAGACUGUUAGUAUAAGGACACUGUCAUAUGCUGCAUAUUGAACCGAGUUUCUGGUUUAUUUUUGCACACUGUGUCAUAUGAUGCAUCUGUAGCCGAAUUUGUAGCCGAACGAAAUCUCAUGAUUUCUACAAUGUAACAUUAGAUCGUCCUGUAGAUCCAGAUGAGCUUUCAUGGAUAACAUUGACAUGUCUAAACGCUUUUGGAGUUUCUAAGUUAUUAUAAGAGUGAAAAUGGCCAUUUAGAAAUCAGAUAUCUCAAAAAACCUUCAUGAUUUAAUACAUAAUAUACAGUAUAUACUCCAUUUGUUAAGUGUAUGUCAUGUUCACGAUGUAUAUCACAAAUAAAAUUCACACUUAACUUUUCAAAAUGCUCCAAAAUAAGCCGUUGUCAUUUAUUUAAUGGAUACAGUACAUAACACAAAGAUUUCUGUGAACAAUUUGAAUUCCUGUCAGAAGGAUAGAUACUGUAUAAGUGACAAAUGAUGUUCCCAUGUUUGCUUAUAUCCUGAUUCUACGUAGUAUGAUGGAAUGUGUCAGAUUUCUGUAUGGGAAGUGAGUUUUGUAUAAACAUAUGAAUGUGUACAGGAGGGAUUUUCUCAUUGCCAGAAGACUCUUUCACUGUUAUUUACUUCCGAGGUAUUACAUAUGCUGUACUAAACCACCUGUGAUAUGUGAAUCAUUAUAUUUAUUGUGGAUUCAGUAAACGACAUUGAUGUAUUUAUUUGUAUUCUUUCUAUAUAUUAACAACAGUUAUUUUCAAUACACAUGUUUUGUGGCAUAUAUUUAGACACGUUCUUGUUAAGUCCGACCUAAAUGAGACAGCACUAAAAUGUCAUUCUUGUGUAAAAUUUAACAAACAUUGUGCACUUAUUUUUGCAUGUCACCCUUCCUUGUCAAAUAUUUUGAUAGUCUUGUUAUCAACACUAGUUCCCUCUGUGUGUCCUCUUAAGAGAAAAUUAAAUAAAGCAUUCUGAUAGAUAA